AUGGCGUCUCCCGGUCCGGACAGCGGCUCUUUGGGCUCUCCGUUCGGGGGAGCGGGGGUGGGCUCCGCGUCGCAUCAGUUCCAGCAGCACAGCCACAGCAGCGGGGUGCAGGAAGCCAACAGCUGCUGGAGGUGUCAAAAUGAAACAGGUAAACGGAAGGCCCUGAAACUCAACUUUGCAAACCCUCCUGUGAAGUCCACCUCCCGGCUGCCCCUGUACCCUACGGCUCCCACGUCCCACAACCCACACAUAGAAAGGUUGCGGACUCACAGCAUAGAGUCGUCAGGCAAACUGAAGAUCUCCCCAGAGCAGCACUGUGACUUUACUGCAGAGGACCUCCGGGACCUGGGGGAGAUCGGGCGAGGAGCCUACGGGUCUGUCAACAAGAUGGUGCACAAGCCCACGGGACAGAUCAUGGCCGUUAAGAGGAUCCGCUCCACGGUGGAUGAGAAGGAGCAGAAGCAGCUGCUCAUGGACCUGGAUGUGGUGAUGAGGAGCAGCGACUGCCAGUACAUUGUACAGUUCUACGGCGCCCUCUUCAGGGAGGGUGACUGCUGGAUUUGUAUGGAACUUAUGGCUACCUCAUUAGAUAAAUUCUACAAAUAUGUAUAUAGUUCACUAGACAACGUCAUUCCAGAGGAAAUACUAGGCAGAAUAACAUUAGCGACGGUUAAAGCACUGAAUCACUUAAAAGAAAACUUGAAAAUAAUCCACAGAGAUAUCAAGCCUUCGAACAUCCUGAUGGACCGGCGAGGGAACAUAAAGCUGUGUGACUUUGGCAUCAGUGGGCAGCUGGUGGACUCCAUCGCUAAGACCAGAGACGCAGGCUGCAGGCCCUACAUGGCGCCGGAGAGGAUAGACCCCAGUGCUUCCAGACAAGGCUACGACGUGCGCUCGGACGUGUGGAGCUUGGGGAUCACUCUGUACGAGUUAGCCACGGGCCGCUUCCCGUACCCCAAGUGGAACAGUGUGUUCGAUCAGCUCACGCAGGUGGUGAAGGGGGAACCGCCGCACCUCACCAGCUCCGACGACAGACAGUUCUCAGACAUGUUCAGAAACUUCGUCAAUCUGUGUCUGACUAAAGAUGAAUCCAAAAGGCCAAAGUAUAAAGAACUUCUGAAACACUCCUUCAUCCUGAUGUACGAGGAGCAGCCCGUGGACGUGGCCGGAUACGUCUGCACCAUCCUGGACCAGCUCCCCUCCUCCCCCGUCUCCCCCAUGUACGUCGACUGA